UCAUUUAAUUUUGAUUUUUUCCUCUCUUUCCUCUUCUGCCAUUUUCUCCUCCUCGAGCUCCAGCUGUCCAUUGUCUCGCGAUACGUGGAGCUCUCUCUUCUCACUUUCCCCUCAACAAACUUCGUCUCUUCUCUCUGCCCUCUUCUUCUUCAAGCGCUCUUUGCUCUCGACCCGAUUCAUCAGCGCUCGAGAUCGCCAUCGGGAGUGUGGGCUGAGUGGCUUCUCAAGAGAUGGCCUCGGUUAAAUUACAUCCUAUGAAUUCUAAAUCAACAGAAGAUUUGUUGCAGAUGUCUGCUGAUGUUCACUUUUCAAGACUUCAUGUUGAUGGUUUGGAACAAAGAAAUUUGAAAUCAGAUAAAUCCAACAGUUUGUCAAAUGAUGACAUUCAGCGACAACCCUUUUUAAUCGGAGUUGCUGGUGGUGCAGCUUCAGGGAAGAAGACUGUCUGUGAUAUGAUCAUUGAACAACUUCAUGACCAACGUGUUGUUCUUGUAAAUCAAGGUUCCUUUUAUCAUGAUUUGAAUGAAGAAGAAUUAUCAAGAGUUUGUGAAUAUAACUUCGACCAUCCAGAUGCUUUUGACACUGAAAAACUACUUUGCUGUCUGGAGAGUUUGAAGCAUGGUCGUGCUGUUGACAUCCCGCAUUAUGAUUGCAAAAAUUAUAAGAAUACCCUGCCACCACGAAAGGUCAAUCCGUCAGAUGUCAUCAUACUGGAAGGCAUUUUAGUAUUCCAUGAUCCUCGUGUUCGAAAUCUCAUGAACAUGAAGAUCUUUGUCGACACAGAUGCUGAUGUUCGCUUGUCAAGGAGGAUACAACGUGAUACAGUUGAGAAGAGUAGAGAUAUUAAAAUGGUUUUGGAUCAGUAUUCAAAAUUUGUGAAACCUGCUUUUGAUGACUUCAUACUACCAACGAAGAAGCAUGCUGAUAUUAUCAUUCCCCGUGGUGGAGACAAUCAUGUGGCAAUUGAUUUGAUCGUGCAACAUAUCCGCACGAAACUUGGUCAACAUGAUCUUUGUAAAAUAUACUCAAAUCUAUAUGUCAUUCAAUCAACUUUUCAGAUACGUGGAAUGCAUACAUUGAUACGUGAUGUGAAGACUGCAAAGCAUGACUUCAUAUUCUAUGCAGAUAGAUUAAUUCGCUUGGUUGUCGAGCAGGGUUUGGGUCAUCUUCCGUUUGUAGAAAAGCAAGUGACUACUCCAACUGAUUCUGUAUAUAGUGGUGUGGAAUUCUGUAAAAGGUUAUGUGGGAUCUCAGUGAUUAGAAGUGGAGAAAGCAUGGAGAAUGCGCUGAGAGCAUGUUGCAAAGGAGUUAAGAUAGGAAAGAUACUUAUCCACCGGGAAGGAGAUAAAGGUCAACAGUUAAUCUAUCACAAUUUGCCGAAAGAUAUCUCAAAUAGGCAUGUACUGCUGUUGGAUCCUAUACUAGGGACAGGUAAUUCAGCUGUUCAAGCUAUUUCUUUGCUCCUAAGCAAGGGCGUGCAAGAAGCUAACAUCAUAUUUCUUAAUCUCAUUUCUGCUCCUCAAGGCUUGCAUGUUGUUUGCAAAAGGUUUCCACGACUUAAAGUUGUUACAUCUGAGAUUGAAUCUGGUUUAAGUGAAGAUUUUCGUGUCCUUCCUGGCAUGGGUGAGUUUGGAGACAGAUAUUUUGGAACGGAUGAUGGCUAGGAGCCUGUAACUAUGAAAUUCAUGAUGACUGCAGCAAAUCCAUAUUGGAUGAUUGUUGAAUUCGGAUAGCAAAAUAAGCUCAAGUGUCGAUUGGCCCUCUGUUAGUCUCUGG